AAUUCAAGUGUCGGCUCAGUUGACCGCAGUGAAAAACCAUGGCUGCGGCUGUCGGUUGCGAGCAUUAUGUUCGCAGCUGCUUGUUGAAAGCACCUUGCUGUGGUAAACUGUACGUGUGUCGGCUGUGCCACGAUGCAGAGGAGAGCCACCAGAUGGACAGAUUCAAAGUCAGCGAGGUGCAGUGCUCAGAGUGUCAGACCGUGCAGCAGGCACAGCAGACUUGCCAGCAGUGUCAUUCACAGUUUGGGGAGUAUUACUGUGACAUCUGCCACCUGUUCGACAAGGAUAAGAAGCAGUACCACUGUCAGCCGUGUGGAAUAUGCAGGAUUGGGCCCAGGGAGAAGUAUUUCCAUUGUGUGAAGUGCAACCUGUGUUUAGCUCAGGAUCUGCAGGGAAACCACAAGUGCGUUGAAAAUGUUUCACGGCAGAACUGCCCAGUGUGUAUGGAGGAUAUUCACACCUCCAGAAUUGGUGCUCACGUUCUUCCAUGCGGCCAUCUUCUACACAAAACCUGCUUUGAUGACAUGGUCAAAACGGGAGCGUAUCGCUGUCCUCUGUGUAUGCACUCUGCCUGGGAAAUGGACCCCCACUGGGAUGAGAUUGACAAAGAGAUUUCCAUGUCACCAAUGCCUCCUGAAUACCAGGGUGCAACUGUCAAAAUUAUAUGUAAUGACUGCCAAACCCACUGCACGGUGCCUUUCCACGUGUUGGGCAUGAAGUGCAGUGGCUGUGGUUCUUACAACACCGCCCAGGAUGGAGGACUCAUCCAGCAGCAGCAGCAGCAACAACCGCAGCAGCAGGACGCUGAGAAUGAGGCAGAAACGGAGUCAGAGCCGCAAGAUCAACCUCAAUCGCCCACGCCAGAUUAAAAACCAACGUUUGUAGUUUAGACGUUUACCUUGUUCACUCACUUGCCCUAACUGACAAUGAGUGUACAAAUUGACAUUCUUAGAUUGUACAUAUUUAAAAAAACAACUAUUUUCUGUUUUCAUUUAUCAUUGUCACGGCUGGAACUUAUCUGGGCAAGAAAAAGUCCAUCACAGGAUUCACACCUACAGGCCAUCUGCGCCAGGAAGGACUUACUGGGGUGACAGUCUGACCACUGAGCCACUGUGUGGCACCAUGAUACGAAAUAGAAAGGUUCAGCAGGUUUACUUUUUCUGGUGGUGGAAACGUUGCCAUAUCGGACACGUCAUGGUCGUUUUCAGCUUGUUCAGGGACUGUUAACUCUUAACAGAUUUUAAUGUUCUCUGUAAGAUAGUGUUGACAUGGGUGUAAGCUUAAAAUAUAGUCCUUUAUCUCCCCAAACAACUAUUUAACUACUUUUGUCAGAUCCAAGUAGAAAUGUCUCCCGGAGAGUUAACUCACAUAUUGCCAAUGUGUAAUUGCACAGGAUUGAAAUAAAAUGCAGAAUGUGUAAAAGUUGAACUACAAAUGUGCAUGGUAAUAUUUAGUGCACCUCACCCAAAAUAAAGACUGAUAUUAAAUGGAAGUAAAAGUAAAACGGGUAUACCAACUUGACUGGUGAGAUGGCAGAUGUCACUCCACUAGAUUUAUUCUCACCAGGCUCAGGACUUUGCUGAAUCCUCUGGUGACUGAUGCUCAAUUUACAACCAAAGUGUCUUCAGAUAUUUCAUUGCACUCACUUGCUGAAAUAAAGC